AUGGACGUGCGGCAAUGUUUGCAAAAGUGGGCGGGACCUGAGACAGGAAUAAUCCUCGUCUCGUCAAUACAUCCUGGAGAUCCGUCUUUAAUACACGCUCUCGGAGAAGGAACCCUUGAAAACACAGCUCUAUCGACGUUGGACACAUUUCUGGAUCAAAUAAGGAACAUGUUUCCGGAGAACAUCAUUCAAGCGACAUUUCAGCAAGUUCAAACAUACUAUGUGCCUAUUAAACCAAAGCUUCAACGUCAUAAUGGAACUAGCAACACGUCAGAAGUAAUCAUUCACAAACCACAACUAACUUAUACAAACGAAAUGAAUGUUCUGGGUCUGAUUGUUUUCUGUAGUGGGUUCGGUGUGAUUCUAAGUAUUCUGGGAGAUCAGGCCAGACUAAUGAUUAACUUUUUUAUCGUUUUGGACGCGAUAAUCAUGAAAUGGAUUUCGGCUUUGAUGUGGUGUUAUCCAAUCGGAAUCUUAUCGUUGGUUUGCAAGAACAUUGUCGACAUUGACAAUUUGACAGAAACUGCUCAAGCGCUUGCGAUGUAUGUCGUGACGGUGAUCUGUGGUCUUAUGAUACAUUCACUACUUACACUACCACUUCUUUACUUCAUAGUAACUCGGAAGAGUCCAUUUGCUUAUAUGACGGGAAUGCUGCAAGCACUUGCCACUGCCUUCGGGACGGCUUCCAGGUGA